CUCCAACUGCUCUGUUCAUCACUGCUGUUUGAGAAUUUGCAAAUUCACCAUAUUUUAUCUGUCAGACCACCUAUGGGGUGAUGCGUUAACAUUUUACUGGUGUCGCGUGCAUCACGUCUAAUGGGGCUGCUGGAUAAACUGUCGGGCUGGCUCGGCCUGAGGAAGAAAGAGGUCAACGUCUUGUGUUUGGGGCUGGACAACAGCGGCAAAACCACCAUCAUCAACCAACUCAAACCUUCUAAUCAUUCGAAUCAUUUAGGCCCAUUGUCAGAAGAGUGGAAACAUGUUAGUCAGACGCAGACACAAGAAAUAGUCCCAACAAUUGGCUUCAACAUUGAAAAGUUCAAGAGCUCAAGCAUGUCUUUUACAGUCUUUGAUAUGUCCGGACAGAGCAGAUAUAGAAACCUAUGGGAGCACUACUACAAAGAAAGCCAUGCCAUCAUAUUUGUCAUUGACAGCGGUGACAAACUGAGAAUGGUUGUUGCCAAAGAGGAGCUAGAUAUUUUUCUCAACCACGAAGAUAUUCGCUGCAAAAGGAUACCAGUAUUGUUCUUUGCUAACAAGAUGGACCUGCAGGACGCCAUGUCUUCUGUCAAGGUCUCACAGAUGUUGUGUUUGGAGAACAUCAAGGACAAACCCUGGCACAUCUGUGCCAGCAAUGCCAUCAAAGGAGAAGGCCUACAGGAAGGCUUGGACUGGCUACAAGAACAAAUUGCACAAUCAUAUCAAAACAAUGAGCACGUGAAUGAUUGAAAUGCCUGUGACCAUGGACGCAAUGUGGAUGUGGUGACUGGAUCACAUCUACCACUCGGAGUAUUCAUCACACUUGAUGUUGUAGGCCUUAAACUUCAAUGUCAAAUAGCCUAGUAUCUCCCAUGUGUGCUACGAUUUUGACACCAUGUUUCUUUGAAUGAAAAAUCCUCCUAAUAAUAGAAUUUGUAUACAACUACUCUGUAAAGUGAUUAUUGAAAGCAGUCACCAAUAGUUAGUGAGUUAAUGCAGUCUAACUAUACUACUGUAAACUGAAAAUAUCUACCAUACUGUUUUUGUGCUAUUUUAAGUUUUAUUUGAAGCUGCUUCUUUUUUAUUCCAUGAAACACACUUUAUUUCAUCAACUGAUUUUUUUUUUCUGGG